AGGCUAAGGGAUUGAUUUUCAAUCAAAAGUCAAUUGGGGACUAAAUGGUGUAAAUACUGAAUAAUUAUAUUGCAAUGGGAAUCGGUUCAUCGGCUGUAGAGGUCCCUGGUGGCGGUACUGAGGGGUACCAUGUUCUUAGGGUCCAAGAGGGCUCUCCUGGUUACAAGGCAGGCCUGGAACCAUUUUUUGAUUUUGUUGUCAUGGUAGAAAACACUAGAUUGGAUACAGAUAAUGAUGCAUUGAAAAAUAUUCUGAAAUCAAAUGCAGAGAAACCAGUAAAAAUGACUGUUUUUAGUAGCAAGACAGGAAAGACUAGAGAAGUUAGCAUAACACCAAGCAACUUUUGGGGAGGACAAGGACUACUUGGUGUCAGUAUCAGAUUUUGCUCGUUUGAAGGUGCAAAUGAAAAUGUUUGGCAUGUGCUGGAUGUGCAACCAAAUUCACCAGCAGAUAUUGCAGGCCUCAGGUCAAAUACAGACUAUAUCAUUGGUGCUGACUCAAUUUUACAUGAGGCAGAGGAUUUUUUUACACUUAUAGAAGGACAAGAAGGAAAGCCACUUAAAUUCUAUGUUUAUAAUUCAGAAACAGAUGGCUGCCGAGAGGUAACUAUAACACCAAAUACACAAUGGGGUGGAGAAGGAAGUCUUGGUUGUGGAAUUGGGUAUGGAUAUUUGCACAGAAUUCCAGUUUGUGAUGAAAGCUCUAAGAUGUCACCCCCAAUUAUACCAACAUCUCAGACAGAAGGUGGAUUUACAGAAGUAUCGCUUGUUGGAGAUGGAUCUCCCUCUAAACAUCCCACAGAAAUUGAAAAGAACUUAGCUAAUUUACAUCUUGGGUACCAGCCAACUCAGUCAAUGCAAGCUCCGCUGCUAACAAGCCAGCUUCCUGGACAGUCAAUGGCACCUUCUUCAUCUACCAGUACUACUUUGAUACCACAACAGAUGUUACAGGCAGUGUCAAGUGUUCAGUCAAUUGAUCAUCCAGGGUACGGAACACCGAGUUUCCCUGCACCCCUCAUGGCUACAUCAACUGACUCAACACCUGUAAUUAUUCCAAAGCUGGAUGCCGCUGCUUCAUUGACAAAUGACAGUAAUACAAUCACUGCUACCCCAGUACCUCUGAAGAGUGACAUCACAGAAGGUGCAACUCUUGCCUUGGUGACAGAAUCUUCCUCUGGAUCACAAGCAAAUUCUGAAACAACUGCAGAAAAUAGUAGUGUAACUUUAACGUAGAUCAAUCAUUGUCAGUAACUAAAUUAAUUUAACAUUUUCUCUAGCAAAUAACUUAGGUACAAUACUUUCUGCAUCUCUUUUGAAAUAGAAUAUAUGCAUAGGGGGGCUGCCUUGAUGCAGAGAGCCGAUAAAAUCUAGAUGUUCAUCACUUUAAAAUGCAGCACCAAUUUCUGUUGGUUUGAAAAUUUGUGCAAUGCUAUUUCAAAAGCUAUGACAUUCAUUCAACUGAAAUUACAAUUCAAAACCUGACAGUUUAAAAAUUCAAAAAAGUUAAUUUUUUUGAAGUAUCUUUAUAAAUGUUUCUGAAAAUACUUGUAAGGCAAAGUUAGUUAUGAGAGAUAGCAAUGAAUCUAUAUUUAA